UGUCAAUUGUGUUGAAUUUUGCAGAGUAGGAGCGUCGGUUGAGAUGAAAAUGUUAUUAAUUCAGUAUUUCUUUAGAUAUCAAUAAAUCAUUUAAAAGGCUACAAUAAACAAAGUAGAGUGUAGUGUAAAAGUGUCUAGAGCGUGUGCAUCUUUAAUGUUUAAAUUACCUAAACACUGCAAGUACCGAUGAAUAAUCAAACGGAAGAUUCAGAUGAAAAGAUGGAUACAGCAUCGUCAAAACAUAGUACACCUAACUCAAGUUAUUCAGGAUUUGAAGAUGCCACAAUGAAUUGUUUAACAACAAAAAUGCUCGAAACAUCAAUAAAUAAAAACAAAUGCACUUUAACAUUAACAACUAACCAUCCCCUAAUGGGUCUUGCGAGUCCAGAUGAGAAAUAUGAUGAUAGUCUAUCAAGCAUAGAGGCAGAUAAAAACGGUUAUGGCCUAUGUUCACCACAAAGAAAUAGUUCAAAAAGUAAUUUGUAUGUGUCAGAAUAUGUGACAGCGGAGUUUAAUGAGACCAACAGUUUGUUUAAUGGUUUAAAGCCAAGGAGGAAAAUUAUACCAAACAUUGCAAUGUCACCGGGGACCCCGGACAGUGUUAUUUCCAGGUUGGAGAGUAGGAUGGGAAAACAGAGUACACCGAAGAUGGAAGAGGAACGUUUUUCAGAGGCAACGGAAUGGUGUGAUUCACCCUCAAAUGUCCGACCAAAUUUCGAUUUACCAAUGGAAAUGUCGACUGGAAUCAAUAAUGCUCAGAAUGGUCGCAAUUCAGAAAUAUGGAGUUAUGACAAGUCAUUUGUUGCUCUUAUGGAUGUGUAUUCGGGGUCUGUAGCCCUUAGACCGGCGGCGUUUAACCCCCCACCUAAGCGAAAAAUACAAAUUCCCCCAUUGGACGACAUCUGCAGUAUAGGAAGCGAUUGUUCCAUAGAAUCUGAACCGGAAAAGGAUAUCGUAGACCCGCCAAGCGAAGAUGACACACAGCGAUCCAAGUCUACUGCUACCGCCAGUGAGUGUAGUGAUCAAAUACCAGAGUAUUCGGCGAGUGAAGAAUAUCGAGAUGAGAGGUCGUGGCUCCAUGUGCAGCAUAGCGGGGUUAAUGCUAAUUGUGAUAUGAAGGUUAUCGAACCGUUCAAACGCGUUAUAUCACAUGGGGGUUACAGCGCCGACGGCGCAGCGAUAAUUGUGUUCAGCGCGUGCUAUCUACCAGAUAACGCAAGACCGGAUUAUAGAUAUGUUAUGGAUAAUUUAUUUUUGUACGUGAUAUGGAGUCUGGAACGCCUGGUAACCGACGAAUAUAUUCUGGUCUACCUCCACGGAAGUGCGGGCAAACGCCGGAUGCCUACAUUCGCCUGGCUGCACGAGUGCUACAAACUGAUUGACAGACGUUUACGAAAAAACCUGAAACAUCUUUAUCUCGUGCAUCCAACGUUUUGGUUGAAAUCAUUCGUCGUUAUAACUAAGCCGUUCGUUAGCUCAAAGUUCUUUCGCAAGUUGAACUAUGUAAACACUCUGAACGAGCUGUUCAGCAAAGUGCCUGUCGAGCCCAACGCGAUACCCGAGAGCGUCAAACACUUUGACAUACAUCGUAGAUAGAUGUGCAAUGUCUGACUUGUCAGGAAGGCGCUUUAAUGAAUUUGUGUGUCAGGAAGGCGCUUUAAUGUAUUUGUGUGUCAGGAAGGCGCUUUAAUGAAUUUGUGUGUCAGGAAGGCGCUUUAAUGAAUUUGUGUGUCAGGAAGGCGCUUUAAUGAAUUUGUGUCACGAUUCCUCUCAAAUUAAUUUGUUAUGUUAUGUUGUUGCUUGAAGGAAUUUGUGUGUCAAGAUGGCUUAAACAUGUUUCUGUCUCAAAAUGGCGCCUAAAUGAAUUUGUGUGUCGAGAUGGCACUUGAAGGAAUUUGUGUGUCAAGAUGGCUUAAACAUGUUUCUGUCUCAAAAUGGCGCCUAAAUGAAUUUGUGUGUCGAGAUGGCGCUUGAAGGAAUUUGUAUGUCAAGAUGGCUUAAACAUGUUUCUGUCUUAAAAUGCCGCCUAAAUUAAUUUGUGUCAUGUUGUUGCUUAAAUGAAUUUGUGUGUCGAGAUGGCUUAAACAUGUUUCUGUCUCAAAAUGGCGCCUAAAUGAAUGUGUGUCGAGAUGGCGCUUGAAGGAAUUUGUAUGUCAAGAUGGCUUAAACAUGUUUCUGUCUUAAAAUGCCGCCUAAAUUAAUUUGUGUCAUGUUGUUGCUUAAAUGAAUUUGUGUGUCGAGAUGGCGCUUGAAGGAAUUUGUAUGUCAAGAUGGCUUAAACAUGUUUCUGUCUUAAAAUGCCGCCUAAAUUAAUUUGUGUCAUGUUGUUGCUUUAAUGAACUUGUGUCAAAAUGGCUCUUAAAUUAAUUUGUGUGUCGAGAUGGCGCUUGAAGGAAUUUGUGUGUUGGCGCUUGAACAUGUUUGCCUCAAGAUGUAUUGUAGUAUUUUUUUAAAUUAAAAACGCUCGAAACUGUUCCUGAUCUCGUUACACUCGGGCCACAGUUACAAAAGGCGUCAGCAUGAAUGUUACGACCACAUCGUUAUAUUUUAACGGAAGUAUAAAAAGAGGUUAUCAAUCAGCUUUACCUGUAUUUCAUUCUAAUUAGUUCAAUUUAGAACAUGGUUCAGUAGUUUUUGAGAUAUCCACACAUUUCUUUAUUAAGUUUUAUUUUAAUCUAAUUAGGGCUUUGCAUAUAAUUUGUAUGGUUUGAAUGGUUUUAGUUUCAAUACGCCUUAUAAAAAACCGUAAUAAUUAUUAAUCGAAAAAUGAGGGUAGCGACAAAAUAUGGGUUAAGAAGAUAGAUCAUUUCAUAAAAAUGAUUCGUGCUGAAGCCUUUUAAAUAGAAGCAUUAAUAUAUUUUGUAAUUCCAAUAGUUUACUUUACGGAGAAAUGGGGGUAGCGUCUUAUGAGUAAUAGGAGUUAAGAGGGUAGAUACAAGAUAAAACAAAGCAAGGUCAAAACCAUAUAAAGUGGGUUUCUUUUGACCAAAAGAUGGCGUUAAUUUAAAGAUGUAUUUUUAAACAAAUAUUUUUACGUCUAUUCUAGAGUAUUUUUUAAUAUUGUUGCCAUAUCAAAUUUAUUUUUAGCCAAAAUAAGCGUUUAAUCUUUGCCAGUUCGGGAAACUAAUGUUAUACCACCGCCGUGAGUUGUCAGUAGUUAGGUUAGUUUGAGUGGUUCAGUCAGUAGUUGAUAGCAGUGGUUCACUCAGUAUUUCGGUGAGUGGUUAGAUCCACUUGACGCAGUGGUUUUGCCGCGGAGGUUCGCUGUAAUGCAUUCCGUUUGCCAGUUUUGUAUUUUUUUAACAGUUUUGAUACUUUGGCGAAUUUUUUAUGUCUAAAUAUAAGUCAACAAUCUUAUGUAGUCAGCAAUAACUAAGUGUAGUUUUCACAUAUAUAAUGCUAUAUGUAUAUAUGACCGCCAAGUAGGAAGGUACUACUGGGGUGUUUAAUCUAUAUCGAUCAUAUCUACAUAUAGUAUGUAUUAUAUUUUUUACUGCCACCAACGCACAUAAUGUAAAAUAUACACAAGUUCGAUAUAAUUUUGUAAUAUAUGAAAAAUACUUGUUUUAAUUGAAUUACUUUGCCCAAAACAUUUUUGCUUUCGAAUAAAAGGGUCAUGAUACAGAAAUGUCCUUUACCCAAAGGAUUAGGACCUCUAACCAGGAAGGGCUGAAGACAGGCAGUUUUUAGGCACCAAUGUGGAACCAGCACACUGAAGUAUUACCGAAUCAAUUCCACUUAGGGUCCUUCAUAGAGAGUACCAACUCUUAGCAAACCCUCUGGCUUUGAAUGUCCAUAGGCGAUUUAACUUAACAUCAGGUGAGCCUCCUGCCCGUGGCUAUUACAAAAAAAUAUUCCUUUGCGUUUUCCCCUUCUAAAAAUAAUGGGGUAUUGGACCUAUGGUUGUCCAAAUGCAGACAGCAUUUAUGCUUUUGCUAGAGACGACUUGGAUUAACAAUUAUUUAUCUGUUUCAAAUAAAUCUACACAAUAAUUUCCUUUCCAUUGGAAAAGCAUUUGUAUAUAUAUUUUAUUCAAAAUUUGUGCUAGGCGAAAGACAUAAAAUUAGGGUAGUGUCAAAAUAUAAGUUAAGAGGGUAAGAUACAAGAUAAAACAAACAAUUUGAGCACAAGACCAUAUACGGUAUUUUCCUAAACAAAUAUUUUUUACGGCUAUUCUCGGGUAUUUUAAAAUUAAUUGUUCAAUCUUACUAUUCGGGACACUAAUGGUUAAAGUGGUUACGUUAGAAGCGGAGUGGAGUGGUUGAGUCUUGUUUUUCCCGAACUAUUCGAAAAGCUAUCCAUAGAUAGCCACGAGAGUAUUUUUCAAAUAUUGCAAAAAUAGCACAAUGCUUUAAUGUAUUUUUGUAUGUCUGUUUGUAUUGUGAAGGGUGCUUCGUUUCAUAGUUAAAUAAUAAUAAAACAAAAUUUGUCUAGUAAAAUUGAGAAUAUAGCGGAAAUUUUGUAAUUUACAUGAAUACAGUAAUGAACAUAUGUCACGCAUGUCUUGUGGUGAGUACGAAACAGCUGCCCACUGAAGUAUUUGCGAACCAAUUCCACUUCCAGAAAAGAGCGUACCAGUUUUUAAAAGGCCGGCAACUUGCGAGCCUUCUGGGUGUCUAUGGGCGGCGGUAUCACUUAACAUCAGGUGAGGCUUCUGCCCGUUUGCCUCCUUGCCUUCAUAAAAAAAGAAUCUCACGUCAAAAUACGAAUGUAAUUGGUUUUAAUAAUUCUACUUUAUAAAUAAUAUUGCAGCAAUAAAUAAUGUUGAAUAUAA